AUGCCGAAAGUGCUAAAAAGUGCUAAAAGGCAAACUCUUCUUCAAGUUUACGCAUUUUGUGAAAAAGAUAAGGCUGAAAACAAGUUGAUUGUUCUUUUGCAACAAGUUUGUGCAAGAGUUGCCGCCAUGACCGGUAUAUUUAUAGGAUGUAUCCGAAUCUACUUUAACCCGAUUUUAAGGCAAGAAAGAGAGACCAGUUCAGUUUCAAGGGGUGUGCCUGGUCCGUCAAAAGUAACAACACCUGGAAAAAAACAACCAAAUCGUGAUAAGAAGGUCAAAAUCGAUGACUUCGAUGCUUCUGCAAUUCGACUAUAA